GGAGGUUUCCAGGCGUUGACAACGUCGUCUUUUUUUUUCGUCUCAGCUGAACACUCAAGACUGUCCAUCUUCCUUACUUUCUGGACGUCUCUUCUGGAAUAACUCGACAAUGAGGGACUAUCUAUGGCGUCAGCGCGUGAAGGUCGAGUCCACUCUCGCCAUGUCUAUGUUGGAACCUUGGGAGAAGCUUCUAUGUGUGAUCAUAGCGACACUCUUCGCGCUCCUGUUGAUGACGGGCAUCUACCAAUACCUCCCGCAGCACGUCUCCGUUAUGCAGAAGCGAGCAAUCUACUAUCUGUUUGGCCAGGAGGGAGAAGAUAGUGUGCUGCGGCAGCUCGUAGUGGAUUCACGUCCCGAGUUAUGAGAGUGCCCAACGCUACUGGUUGCGUUGCCUGAUUUGCCAUUCAUACUUUUCGUCAUAUGUGGACUUUGGAUUUGUCUCCGAACUUUGAUGAAGGACUGAAGGAAGCCUUUGCCUUCCCUCCUGGAUACCAUACUUACGCUAUAGAUUUCGCCUGUAAUCCCUUGCCUAGAAAUGUACAAUUUCCUCGUCG